CCACUGCCCCGCAAGAAAUAUCGGUCCUAAAGAGACUGCAAGAAAAGCCAUGAGUUAUCGUGGAGGACGUGGACGUCAUGGUGGAGGGCGUGAUAGAGGUUAUUAUGACGGUGACGCUGGAGCUGGUGGUAACAGAGGCCCGUACCGCCGGGAACAGUAUAACCCCGAAACUCCGGAACAGACCAUAAGAAAGGAGAUAUAUGCGUUCGGGAACGUGACGGAGAAGGGGGCUGAUUCUUUUGAUUUCGCGCCCACCAGAAUACCACCUUUCGCAAAACGCCUCGUAUCGCGUCGAGCAACUUCGACUGAAACCAAUGUCAAGGAUGCGAUUGCCGAUGCUGUACGAGUAGGGGCAGUAGAGCAGCCCUACAAAAUUGCCGCGUAUGCCGCACUGCUCGCUCUGAUGGUUCAUCCUGACCGCGUCGAAACUGAAACUCUUGGCGAGGCUGAUGAGAAUACUGAGUCGAACCUGUCAAGCGGCUCCUCGGGGAUCAUGGACGAUGUCGUGAAGGGAUUCCAAAGUAGCUUGGAUGGGUUAAGAUGGCGUGAGAUUCGGCUCACGAUUCACCUCUUUGCGCACCUGACGCGUAGUGGAACAAUCUCUGGCAAUUCUCUUCUUCAACUCUUGCAAACCUUUAUCGCGGUAUUGGACGAAUUUGGUGUCUCCCACCAUCGAGGCUUGCAAGCAGCAUUAUGCGCUGGAGAGGGCGUUUUGAUUGCGGGUGAGGCACUAUCCGCCCAAUCACCGGAAGCGGUAAAAGCCAUUCUUUCGUCCAUGGAAAUGUUUGCUGUGGCGUAUUCAGCCACAAAAGCGGUCGUUGUGCCAUUUGUGCAACAAUAUGGGACGGACGAUCAGAAUGACGAGCGUUCAUAUGAGUUCCUUAAUGCCCUGAUUGCAGCGCUGAAAUCCUUGAUAUCAACAUCAUUUGCGGACGCGGAACUACCUUUCCCGCUUCCAUAUGCUGUGAUCUCUCUCAAAGAUGUCGAUGUGGAAGCUCAAUUCUCGCUUCCAACUCUAAUUGUACCUCCCGAAGUAAUUGAAGUAGAGGGGGUGGAUGAAGGGAGUUCCGAGGAGUCUCGAGCACCCAUUGGAGCCGCACGAGAGUUUCCCGAUGUGUACCUUCGCUUAUUUGAUGAUGAAGUUACUCCAAGCCCGAGUGGUUUGACCGGCUAUCUUCUUCGUGCUAUGGUGUCCGACACUAUCAACAUCUUCGAGGUCAAUCGUAGGGAGGCUGCGCGCAUUCUGACCGAACUUCCUCGAUGGUGCAAAAAGGGCGUUCUGAAGCUGAAAAACUCAGAAGGAGUGGCAGAAGGCGAUUGGCAGCUCGAACCGCUCCUGGUGGAGACCAUUCUAUCCCACUGCUUCACAAUGCCAAGGCCAGAACAGAUGCCCCUUUAUUAUCACAGCUUGUUGACGGAACUCUGCAAAUUGGCACCGCAGACUGCCGGACCUGCUGUUGGCAAGUCAAUACGCAAGCUGUACAGCUUAUUGGGUGAUGGCCUCUUGCCUGAAGUAUCGAGGCGCUUUGCAGAAUGGUUCUCUGUCCAUAUGAGCAAUUUCAAUUUUGGCUGGGUAUGGAAAGAAUGGGUUUCGGAUAUUUCCUUACCUCCAGCGCACCCGAAGAGGAAAUUCAUGCGUCGUGCUAUUGAGCUUGAAGUCCGUCUUGCUUAUUUCGACCGAAUCGUGCAGGCCCUUCCUCCGCCAAUUCGCGAGCCUGAAGCCGGCAUAGUACCUGAAGAAGCUGCGACUGCGCAGUUCGAAUUUGGCAAUUCGGAAAACGAACAUCAUCAAGCAUCCAAUACAAUAGCCAAGCUCAUGCAGGGAAAUCCAGAGCAAAGGAUACCUCGCAGCACCCCUCAGGAAGUCAUCGAUGAGGUUAAUCGCAUUCGUGAACAGCUGGCUCAGGGUGAAUAUACCCAAGAGAUGGCCGACCAGACUGCUCGGGCGAUUACGUUCCAGACACUGUUGAAUGUGGGCUCGCGCUCAUUCUCACAUCUUCUCAAUGCCAUCGAACGAUACCUACCCCUCUUGCGAAAUUUGGCUGGGCCAAAUGGAGCCAAGCAACAACUAUUGGACGAGACCCAGAAGUUCUGGCGGCAAGAUGAACAGAGAAUCUUGAUCGUCUUCGACAAGUUGAUGCAGUAUCAAAUCCUCGAUCCCGUGGAUAUCAUCAAUUGGUGCUGCGCCUCGGAUUCUACGGUUGAUAGCAAGAUGAAUGGCCAUUCUGAACGCAGCACUCGUUGGUUCUCGACGUUCAGAUGGGAGGCAUUACGUUCCGCUAUCGAUAAAGCAAACGGACGUGUCACUGUAGCAAAGAAAAGGGCAGCCGCUCUGCGCAAGGAAGACGAUGAAGCUCGCGCAAAGGUAGCGAGUGCCGGGGAUGAUUACGCCAUGGCAGAUAAUCCCGAUGCAUUCGAAGCACCCACGCCGGUUGUUGACUCUCCAGCUUUGGCGAACGCGUUGAAAGCGCUAGCUACUCUUACGAAGGAGCAGAAGAGCUCAUUGACAGCCGCACUGACUGGCUUCUGUCGUAUACUUGUGUAUUCGCCUGAUGGGCUGUCCUGGGAAGAGCGUGAUCAGUGGGAUGAGGAUGGGUGGGGGUCUUGGGAGACAUGGGGAUGGUUCCGUCAUUUCUGCACAUUCUAUUGUUCUUACCUACGCAGCUACGCGAAUACGCUCGAGGCGGUUGUCUUCAAUGCCUUGACCGUUCCUACAGGAGCGUACUACGCGGACACGCCCGUGGUUGUGAAAAAGAUCUGGAGUGUAUCAUUGGGGCGGGACGAAGUUGCAUGACGCAUUCUUAAAAGUCUGGAUCGUCGAGCUGAAACAUAACAGCAGAUCUUGAUGUAUCCCAUAGUGUAUAUUACACAUCUCCCUAGCGAAUGUCGAUCAUCCCUUUUUUGCCCUUUCAAGGCGGCUGUGGUGUGACAGUCGUAGUAGAGCUGUAGUAAAGUCGGGAUGCGAUAUCGUCCACUAUCCAGUCAAACCCCUCUACGAGGUUUUCUCCGGUCAUAGCGCUACAGGGUAGGAUCCUGUACCGAUGGGAUCUGAUAGUGCCCAAGGACAAGGCUUCGUGAAUCUCUUUGAUGGACAAAGCGCCUUUUAUGUCUUGCUUAUUAGCAAAGAUCAGAAGGGAUGCGCCGGCUAAUCGAUCUUCCGUUAGGAGGUUAAACAGUUCCUCCUUGCAGUCUUGCAUUCGGAGUCGAUCCGCGGAGUCGACGACCCAGACGAGCCCGUCAGUCUGUUCGAAAUAGUUUCUCCAGUACGGCCGUAGUGAUCGUUGACCACCAACAUCCCAAAUGUUGAGGGUAUAUUUCCCAUGCACAAACGUAGUGAUGUUGAACCCCAAAGUCGGACUGACUUGCAUUACGUCUUCUCGGUUGAUCUUCUUGAUGAUCGUAGUCUUUCCCGCAUUGUCCAGUCCCAGGAACAGGAUCCGCAUCUCCUUCUCCUUGUAGCGAUUUUUUCUUAUUAU